AUGAAGCCCUCAGCCGCAAUCCCAGCUCCAUCCACUUUGGGUCUCGUCGCUCCCUCUCCACCAGUCUCCGCCGGUCCUCCUAGUCAGGUCUCAAACAUCAACUUCACCAGUCAUCCUGCAGUUUCCAAGAAGCCUACAGACAAGAUUGCAUCAAAGCCCCAAGUUGCAGUGGCCGGCUCACAUCAAGACUCCAAGCCCAAGUCCGACACACUCUUCAAGAAUCUCCCAGCCUGGGUGCUUGGGGCCAAGACGGCCGACUUCAAGUCAGCUGGCAGUUCUUCCAGUCCCGGAUUCGCUUUUGGCUUCGGACAGUCACCAUCAAGCUUCGGCAAUCAAUUCCUCUCCUCCACACCGAGCGUUCCGACACCCAAAUUUGGCGAUGGCAUCAAGCCCUGCAACUUUACCGGAUUGUUCGGAGAGAAGGCUGUUUUGGAAGAGGCUAGACAGCGUGAGAAGCGGAAAGAGGAAGACAUGGAAUCCGACGAAGAUGAGGAAGAUUGGGAGAAGAGGGAUGCUGCAAGACAGGCGAGAAAGAAGGCCAAGCCUCUGACAGUCAUUCAGCCCUCCAAGCGAACCUAUGGAACAUUCUUGCAGCCUUUGCAGCCUGCUCGCGCUACACAUCCUUGGGGUACUUGGAGUAGCGCACAACCCUUCUCUGGAACUCUGCUCCCGCCGCCUACCCCACCUGCAUUUUCGCCUUCCAGCAACCCAAACAUCAUCAGAGACACCAACACCACGACUUUCCAUGCAGGCGGAUCGAACAAUGCCGGCUUCUUUCAAAAGUCGUCAACGUUCCCCACGCUUCCUGCUUCAUCGGGGAUGCCUCAGAAGUCUGUUAAAAGAGAAGAUCUUCUCUCCAGACUACCAGCAGAGACCGAAGAAGGACGCAAGAUCAGACAGAGGUUCGAGAAGAAGAUCGCAGACUAUCAGGUCGAAAGGAAGAUCAAAGUCGAGCAUUCCGACACUUCAGCAUCUCACGCAGGCGAAUCGCGAGGAGCCAAAUUCACGCCGGAGUUCAACUGGACCUCAAGCGCAAAUAUCGGCUCUCACUCAAGCUUGUUCGGAAUGUUCGGUCCCUAUCCGCAGUAG